AGCAGCUCACGGUCUCCGUCGGACGCGCGGAUGGCUCGGCAGCAUUUGCGCGCGGACUGUCAUGCGUAAUUGCUUGUUUAACGAGGAAAUCAACAUGCAGACUUCUUUAUUGUCCGCGGCACACUCUCCCGGGAUACCUACAGCCGUUUCAUUCAUGUGGAAAUCAGGAAAUCCGCAGUCGCCCAACUGGACCGGGCUGGAGAGAGAAAACACGACGAGUCUCGGCGACUUGGACGCGUUCGAGAACCGGCGCGCGCAGUAUGGCCAGUUCUCUCCAUCCACCGCAAUAUUCCUAACUGUGCUUAUGACACUGCUGGUGUUCGCCACAGUUCUCGGGAACGCGCUUGUCAUUUUAGCUUUUGUGGUUGAGAAAAGUUUACGCACACAAGGGAACUUUUUCUUUUUAAAUUUGGCCAUAGCGGACUUUCUUGUCGGCGGGUUUUGCAUCCCCGUGUAUAUUCCUUAUGUCCUGACGGGUGAGUGGAGGCUGGGCAGAGGUCUGUGUAAACUGUGGCUGGUGGUGGAUUAUAUGCUGUGCACCGCCUCGGUCUUCAACAUAGUGCUCAUCAGUUUCGACAGGUUUCAGUCCGUCACUAAAGCGGUGAGUUACCAUUGCCAGAAGGGCAUCACCAGAGAGGCUGUUUUGAAGAUGCUCUGCGUGUGGCUGGCAGCGUUCCUGCUUUAUGGUCCAGCUAUUAUCAGCUGGGAACACAUCGCAGGAGGAAGUGUAGUGCCAGAUGGAGAGUGCUACGCUGAAUUUUACUUCAACUGGUAUUUUCUGAUGACUGCCUCCACUGUCGAGUUCUUCACACCUUUCAUAAGCGUCACUUACUUCAACCUCAGCAUUUACAUCAACAUCCGCAACAGAUGUGCAGUGAGGGAAGAACAGCCGACUUACAUUCGGCUUAGGAGCUUCAAGAUGAGGCCGGUCAGGACCGGCGAUGUACAGCGUGUGUUUUUUGUGAGGCCUGUCGAGGAAAGGGGGGUCGACUUGUCCUCAAGGCCACAUUGCUGCCGGUUACCUUCUACUGUAAAGGUGUCUGCCGCAGAGUUCGGCAACGGAAGACCGACUAAACGAAGAGACAGCACGAUCGCAGACUUGCCUCCUCUGCAGGUCGGAGACCGGAUCCUGACAACCAGUGAGGCACAGUUUCAUUACGUGGAUCAUUCGGCUGGAUCACACAGACACCGUCCUGAUAUGGUUGCCAGUCUGGCCAGCCGCUUUCGUCUGUCUAGAGAUAAAAAGGUGGCAAAGUCUCUAGCUGUAAUAGUUUGUGUUUUUGGACUCUGUUGGGCGCCCUACACGCUGCUGAUGAUCAUUCGGGCAGCAUGCCACGGUCAGUGCGUCCAGCACUACCUUUAUGAGAUCUCGUUCUGGCUGCUGUGGAUAAACUCAUCCAUCAAUCCAAUCCUGUAUCCUCUGUGCCACAGCAGCUUCAAAAGAGCCUUCAGCAAAUUACUGUGUCCGAGCAAAACAAAGAUUCAACCCCAGAACAUGGACCAGAAGUAUUAAAUGAUUGAGUAUGACCACAUUUUCAG